CUCUUACUGUCCUUCUUCAUGUUCUCUCCAUCUCAUUAUCCACACACUCUCUCCCCUCUUUCCUAGAGACUCUCUCACGACCUCUCAAUCCUUACCCUUUCUUCAUGAUGUCCUCUUUUCUCUCCAUCUCUCUCCUCUUUUUUUUUUUUUGGUACAUCGGUGACUCACACACAACGAGUGUAGGUGCUACCCAUAAGAUCAAGAAGGAGAAGAGAAUAUAAUGGAGACGAAACCGAGGAGUGGUUGUCCCAAAUAAAGCCUCCGGAAUACUGAGCCAUAAAGGAUGCCACCCAAUCUGAUACAUUAUUUGUCUCUCUGUAGGCAUGAGCAGUUCGAUAGAAUGCGCACUCACCCAAAAGUUGACAGGUAUCGUGAAUCAGCGGCAUCCCACCGAGGCCUUCUCUUCUCUCUUUCAUACACGUUUUGCAUAGUCCAGCAGGAAUGUAGUUGGAUGGCACAACGGUGAUUUACUUUUGUUUCUUAAAUGGGUUAGGUUUGGGAAUUGUGCCGUGCCAAGCUUUUCAGCCCGGUCGACUUACUUACAUUGGAGUCAUCCAGGUUUCAGGCUAGUCUUGGCCCAAGCCUAGUCCAAAGCCCAAAAUAUCUUCUCGAGCUGGGACUAAGCGGUAGAAGAUCCCAACCUAACCGUUCCAACCCUAUGAAACACUAGUUAGAUUUGGGUGGGGUGAAGUAGUUGCAACCAUGUAUGAGGUGCCAAGAAUACGUAUGAUGGAAUGGAGGUGAAGUGGCCCAAUCGAGUCCUUUUUCUCUCUUCCUUCAGAUCCAUCCGCUUCCUCCUCUUUCUUCUUCUACUUCAUCUUUCUAGAGUGAAAUCCAGGACAUGGGGAAGUGAGGCGAUGCAUGGGGAAGCAAGGAAGAUAUGGUUUUCUUUUAGAAAAAGUCCAGAGAAGAUAUAAGUUUUCUAUGAUCGAGAUUAGGAGGCCGCAAGGUAACAUUUGGUAUCUGGUCCAAUUGUGAUUAAUUUGCAAUUGAACCAAAAACUCAUUCUUAGCCACCACAGCAUUAUGCAUAUAUUUUUAAAAAAUAACAUUGGUUAAUAAUUUGUACAUAUAUUUUUUAAAAUAAGACUAUCUUAAUAUAUAGUUUUCAUGCAUGCAGCCACACAUCCAUAACAAGGACAAACACACAUAAGAGAGAGAGAGAUUUGGCUACAUUUUCUUGCUUUUGCAAUAUUUCUCAUUGUGUGGGAUCGUUGUCUCAUUGUUUUUUUUUUUGAUGAUAUUUCAUGUAAAACUUUUGUAAUCCACUCAAACCAAACAAAAAAACUUCCUGAAUAUUGUUACUUAUGCUCGUGUCGUUAGGCCACUUUAUAUGAGUUCAAUGACCCCAAUGAAAUUGUUAUUUGCCAAAGAAAACCUUAAUUAUUUUAUUUUUACCAAAGAGAAAAUAGAAGGCUGUGAUGAAGAUUGUACCUUAAAAUCUCUCUCCUCGUCCUCCAGUCCCCGCCAUGGCUACCGUCCGGUGGCCGCGGGUCCUGACGCCUACCUACCUCGCCCAGCUGAUCCGCCGGCAAAAGAACCCCGUGACCGCCCUCCACCUCUUCCGGACCGCCCCUCUCCGCUACCCCGCGUACCGCCACAACUCCGUCGUCUACGCCGCCAUGGCCGACCAACUCCUCUCCAACUACCCCCUCCCCGCCUCCCCCUCCUCCACUCCCUCCUCUCCCAGAUGGCCCUCGACUCCUCCCCCGUUCCGAUCCCAUCUUCGCCCGCGCCAUCUCCUCCUCCCCCUCCCCCGCCGCCGCCCUCCCCCUCUUCCGCCUCCUCCCCUCUCCAACUGCCCCUCCUGGCCCCUCUCCUUCCUCGCCCUUCUCCGGCUUCUCCUCUCCCUCAACCCCGCCGACGGCCUCCCCCACGCCCUCCGCCUCCUCGCCGCCUUCGCUGGCCGCCGCGAGGCCUCCCUCGGCGCCCCCGCCCUCAACCUCCUCGUCGCUGCCCUCUGCCGCGCCCGCCGCCCGGACCUCGCCCUCCACGUCUUCGCCGACCUCGGCGCCCACUGCUGCUACCCCGACCGCGACACCUACCGCGCCCUUAUGCGCGGCCUCUGCGACGCCGGCCGCCUCGACGACGCCGUCCACCUCCUCUACUCCAUGCUCCGCCGCAUCUCCCAGAAGGGCUGCGACGCCGACGUCGUCGUCUACCGCACCCUCCUCGAGGCCCUCUGCGCCGCCGACCGCGUCGCCGAGGCCGAGCACCUCCUCGCCAAGGUCCUCUUGAAAGGGCUCCGGUACCCCCGGCGGCGCCGCGCGUUCCGGCCGCCGGAGCUCCAGGGCCGGAGCCUGGAGGACAUGAAGAGCAUCAUCGGCGACGCCUUGGUGUCUGGCGGCGUGCGGAGCCUCGCGAGCUACAAAGCGAUGGUCGUUGAUCUGUAUGCCGAGGGGAAGCUCGGGCACGCGGAUAAGCUGUUCGAUGAAAUGAUUCAGAGAGGGUUCCGGCCACCGGUUUCGGUGUUCGUGUCCAAGAUCGCCGCGCUGUGUAAAGAAGGAAGAGUGGAGGAUGGAGCGAGGGUGGUAGAGGUGGAGAUGAUGGAGAGGGAUUGCGUCCCGACUGUGAGAGCUUAUAAUUUGGUGAUGGAUGGGCUCUGCAAGGGAGGGAAGGCGACGAGGGCGGCCGGAUACUUGGACAGGAUGGACAGGCAGGUGGGUUGUGUUGCGAGCAAGGAGAGUUUUGAGCUUUUGGUUGAUGGCUUGUGCUCGGAAGGCCGGUUUCUUGAGGCGGCUCGAAUUCUGGAGAGGAUGCUGAGGAGGAGGUAUUGGCCUCAGAGUGCCAUCUUUGAUAAUGUGAUUCGAGGACUUUGUUCCAGUGGAAGAAGUUAUGAAGCUGUGCUGUGGCUGGAGGAAAUGAUCAGCCAAGGGAAGAUCCCUCAAGCUGAUGUCUGGACCUCAUUGGUGUCCAUGGUAUGUUUGGUUGAUGACUUGGUGAAAUCUUCUUCAUUUUGGGAUCUUCUGGAACAUGAGCCUAGCUGUUGACUUUGCCGUACCAACCAUACUAUACCAGUAUUAAACUGGUAAGUAGUAUGAAGGGCAUACUGAUACUCGGUAUGCUGAAUCAAUCUCUGUGCCGGACGUGAUAGAAUGAUAUCGGCACAGAGUCUGGUACCACGACGGCGAACUUUGACUAUAAAUAUUUAAUACUGCUGUAAAAAACAUAAAUGUAAUUAUGAAAAAUCCAUAUGAUUUAUCAAGAAAUAAGAUGACAAGUUUUUUUUUCUUUUGGUUA